GGCCGCUAUCGCGAUCGAAGCGGAAUUCCUCAAAUUGGCAAACCGUGGGUAACGAUCACUUUUUCCAUUUCAGUUUUCUUGGCUUAGAUGCGAAUAUGCUUCCUCUUCAUUUGAAUUUUAAAUCUUCAUUUCAAGAAUCUUCAGUGCGGAAUGAGCCGCAGUAUUCCUGUAAAAUGGAAUUGUUUUUUCUUCUCCAACAUUAAACUGUUCUUAUCCAUAUAAACCAUAUUCUCAAAAAUACCAUGGAUUUGAUUUUAUUGAAUAUCCUGAUGAAGCGCAAUUAAUUGCUUGAUUUCCUGACAGAUACUUGAUAGUUUCUUUUCUGAUAGUUUCUUGUGUUGCAAUUAGAAGGAACCCAUGGCAUCUGAGAGGGAAUCUUUUGACCUCUCAGGACCUUUGCAUCUGACUAAUGUCUUCUGUUGCUGCUAGUUUGGUCCAAGGUGUUUACAUUCUAGAAAGGGAUAGGCAAGAAAAACGCGAAGGUUCAGAGGCCCUUGCACCUCCUUGGUGGACAUUCUUCCAAUUUCAGCUGCUCCGUCCGCUUGUAGACGAUGUUGAUUCAUCUCUCUUUGGAGCAAUAUAUGAGUUCAGGCCUUCAAAUUCUCAGCAGAAUGAUACUUUAUAUAGAAGUCCACGUUAUGUGAUUGCCUUUAGAGGAACUCUAACCAAGUCACACUCAGUUUCGCGUGAUGUUGAGUUGGAUAUCCACUUCAUCAAACAGGGUCUUCAUCAAACUUCUCGCUCUGAAAUAGCCAUUCAGGCUGUCCGAAACAUGAUAGAAACGGUUGGGGAUUCAAAUGUUUGGUUGGCUGGACACUCCCUAGGAUCAGCAAUGGCAAUGCUAACUGGGAAAACAAUGGCCAAAAAUGGCAUAUUUAUUGAAUCUUUUCUUUUCAACCCGCCAUUUGUAUCUGCUCCAAUUGAGAGAAUCAAGGAUGAAAGAGUGAAACAUGGGAUUCGAUUUGCGGGCAGUGUGAUAACUGCUGGACUCGCCUUUGCUAUGCAAGCCAAGCAGUCCAAGGAUUUAUCUGUUGAUCCAUUUGCUGCUUUGGCUGCCUGGGUUCCAGGUUUGUUUGUGAAUCCAUGUGAUCAUAUCUGCUCAGAAUAUAUUGGAUACUUCGAACACAGAAGAAAAAUGAAUGACAUAGGAGCAGGAGUCAUUGAAAGGUUAGCAACUCAAAAUUCACUUGGUGGCCUAUUAAUGAGUGCAUUUGGGAAGGAAUCUGAACCUCUCCACCUCAUUCCUUCAGCUUCUCUGACAUUAAACGUUACCCCUUCUCGCGAUUUUAAAGAAGCUCAUGGUAUUCACCAAUGGUGGAAAGCUGACUUGCGGCUAGAACACAAGCUCUACAACUACACGUAGUUCCUGUACAUAUCUAUUGCGAUACAUGUAACAUGUAAGUUAAUUCUCUAACCCCAUUCAGAGAUCUCAGUAUUAUGUAUUUGUUAUAAUCAUCGCUCCUCUUGUGUUAUUUAAAGAGUUUUAAUGAAUUAACCAUCUUCUGAAAAA